AUGCCAACAGGAAGUCACGGGACAGUAAACUCUUCCAGGAUCAUAACUGGGCUGUUGGAGUAACGUGGAAAAGAAGAAAAAAAGAUCAAAACCAUGACAAAAGUAAAUAGAGCCCGGUCCACCUCCCCCCCGGAUGGAGGCUGGGGCUGGAUGAUUGUGGCUGGCUGUUUCCUCGUCACCAUCUGUACCCGGGCAGUAACCAGAUGUAUUUCAGUUUUUUUUGUGGAGUUCCAGACAUACUUCACUCAGGAUUAUGCACAAACAGCGUGGAUCCAUUCCAUUGUAGACUGUAUGACCAUGCUCUGUGCUCCACUUGGGAGUGUUGUCAGUAACCAUUUAUCCUGUCAAGUGGGAAUCAUGCUGGGUGGCUUGCUUGCAUCUACUGGUCUCAUCCUGGGCUCCUUUGCCACCAGUCUGAAGCAUCUCUACCUCACUCUGGGAGUUCUUACAGGUCUUGGAUUUGCACUUAGUUACUCUCCAGCUAUUGCCAUGGUUGGCAAGUAUUUCAGCAGACGGAAAGCCCUUGCUUAUGGGAUUGCCAUGUCGGGAAGUGGCAUUGGCACCUUCAUCCUGGCUCCUGUGGUCCAGCUCCUUAUUGAACAGUUUUCCUGGCGGGGAGCACUACUCAUUCUUGGGGGCUUCGUUUUGAAUCUUUGUGUUUGCGGUGCCUUGAUGCGGCCAAUUACUCUUAAAGAGUACCAGACAAGUCAAGAGCCAAACCAUGUCUGUAGAACUCAGAAACAAGACUUCAAGCGGACGUCUCCUUGUUCAACUUGGACUAAAGAAUGGGUGCAGACCUGCCUCUGUUGCUCUUUGCAGCAGGAGUACAGUUUCUUACUGAUGUCAGACUUCAUUGUUUUAGCCAUCUCAGUUCUGUUUAUGGCUUACGGCUGUAGCCCUCUCUUUGUGUACUUGGUGCCUUAUGCUUUGAGUGUUGGAGUGAGUCACCAGCAAGCUGCUUUCCUUAUGUCCAUACUUGGGGUGAUUGACAUCGUUGGCAAUAUCACAUUUGGAUGGCUAACCGACAGAAGGUGUCUGAAGAAUUACCAGUAUGUUUGCUACCUCUUUGCCGUGGGACUAGAUGGGCUCUGCUAUCUCUGCCUACCAAUGCUUCAAAGUCUCCCACUGCUCGUGCCUUUUUCUUGUACUUUUGGCUACUUUGAUGGUGCCUAUGUGACCUUGAUCCCAGUAGUGACUGCAGAAAUAGUGGGGACCACCUCUUUGUCAUCAGCACUCGGCGUGGUGUACUUUCUUCAUGCAGUGCCAUACUUGGUGAGCCCACCCAUUUCAGGAUGGCUAGUGGACACGACUGGCAGCUACACAGCCGCAUUUCUUCUCUGUGGAUUGUCAAUGAUAUUUAGUUCUGUGUUGCUCGGCUUUGCUAGACUUGUGAAGAAGAUGAAAAAAACCCAGGUGCGGAUCCUUGCCAAAGAAUCUGAUGCCAAACUGCAGCUAUGGACCAACGGAUCGGUGGCUUAUUCUGUAGCAAGUGAAUUAGAUCAGAAAGACCGGGAAUCUGUGGCUAUUGCUGUGCCUGGUUACAAUCCCACAUGA